UACAAGUAGCUAUCAUGUUUGUUCUAAGGCGACUACAUAAUACAAAACAAGUUAACUUAAUAAAAAGUAUCACAGAGAACAAUCGUCAACAUUUUCAAUUAAAAAGGUGGACGCACGAUUAUUUAACAUUAGAGAUAUCUGGAGAAAAUCUAAGUUUUCCGUACGUGUGGCUUCGUGACAAUUGCCAGUGCGAACAGUGUUUUCAUCAAUCAGCAAGAAGUAGAAUAUUAGAUUGGAGCAAAUUCGAUGUCAAUAUAAAACCCAAGGACGUCGUUAGAAAUGGAAAUUCCCUGCAAGUGAACUGGAACGAUGGGCACACGUCCAAAUUUGAACUAAGCUGGUUGAAGUUCAGAAGUUUUACUCCAGAAAAUCAACAGAGGUACAUUGAGGCUAUUUACAAGCCUAAGAAGAUCACUUGGAAGGGAGAACAAUUCCAGGAAAUAUGUAGCAAGCACGAAUAUGAUGAAAUUUUGAAUUCCGAUCAAGGGCUUUACGAUUGGCUUCUGAAACUAUCGAGAUAUGGUGUAGCGCUGAUACAAAACACGCCGAAUUCUGAAACGGCUAUUGACGCUAUCGUGGAAAGGAUAGGAUUUACCAGAAGAACACAUUACGGAGUUAAAUUUGUGGUUCAACACGUGCCUAAUACGAGCAAUGUGGCUUACCAGUCCAGCAAUUUGCAGAUGCACAUUGAUUUGCCUUAUUAUGAAUAUUGUCCUGGAGCAAACUUGUUACAUUGUUUGGUGCAAACUAAAAGUUUUGGCGGGGAAAAUUUACUAUCCGACGGUCAUUUUAUAGCUGAAUACAUGAAAGAAAAUUACCCUGCCCAAUACAAGUUACUAACUGAACUAGAAGUUGAAUGGAGCGACAUUGGAGAAGAGGAUAGCAAUGAAUUUUUCAAACUCUACAGAGCUCCAGUAAUAUGUCUUGACAAAUACGGUGCAGUGACCAGGAUUAAUUUUUCGGUGCCACAAAGAGGAAGCUAUUUUCCUGGAAGUAUAGAUAUGGUAAAACCAUGGUAUGAAGCUCAUGGACUCUUCUUGGCAUUAAACCAUCAAUUUUCAGCCAAAUUUAAAACUAAAGAAGGUGAUAUUCUUGCGUUUGAUAAUAUCAGACUAUUACAUGGAAGAAAUGCAUAUGAAGACAAUAACAAUAAUGUGAGAAAAUUAAUCGGAGCUUAUCUUGACUGGGAUGAGAUAUAUUCAAGGCUACGGUGUUUGAAAGUUAAGUUAAAAAAAGAUGAUGUUGUGUAUUAAAGUAACUUAGUAUAAUUAUAACUUGAAGUUUGACCUCCAUUUCAUGUAAUUUAGCAAAAUUUAUUAAUAUUAAUUUCUGCCUAUACCGAAAUAACGAAAAUACAUACAUACAUACAUAUCUGUCACGCCUGUCUCACAUUAGGGUAGGCAAAUACAAUGGAACACCAAAUUCAAUUCAAGAAAGCCUCUUUUGCUUCCUCCACAUUCAUCACUCUUUUCAUACAUAUUUGCCAGUUAUGGGUACUUUCAAUUUCGCUCUUCUACAGCACGUCGCCUAUUUGAUCGACAUAAUGUCCAUCUAGGGCGGCCCCUACCGAUAUCUCCAUUCAUUCCUGAUCGAUAAAUCUCUUUCGAAAUUAUUCUUUCAUCCAUUCUCUCCAAAUGGCCAAAUCAACGCAACAUUGUGAUUAUUUCUUGUAAUUAUUUAUAUUUAUAACAAAUUUAGUAUUGUAAUUGGAGAAAACAAUAAAGAGUAUCUAUCUAUUUCUUUUCGAUUUUUGUCACUACAUCAUCUUUCAGUCCACACUUCUCUCUUAUCACACCGUUUCCCAAUUACGAAAAUAUGAGUGUAAAUUGUAACUCAAUAUAGAAUUUAAAUGAAACACUUAUGUAAAAACAAGAUCGAGUACACUGAUAAGAAUAACAUUGUCACUAUACCAUACAUAAAAUAAUAAAAAAAUAUAUGUAUAUUUA